AUGACUACAAAUGAGAUGAAGGUGAAAAGCGAGUGUUCAGGAAAAUGGGUAGAGCCGUAUUGGAAGGGUUUGAUCGAGAAAGAGAAUUUACCUGUUUCACCUAGAUUAAAGAGGAAAAGACUUGGAUCCAAGACUGAAGUUGAAACAUCGUUUAUUGAAGAUCAAUCUCAUCAACUUGAUGAAACGUGCUAUCAAUAUAAGGAACCAAUUUUUCACCAAUAUGAAUACAUGGAUGAUAUAUCUAAUGAAGAACAUGUGAGGCAGGCUUUAUCUGUAAAUCUGUUUGAAAAUCUUAAUUCAAUUACGGUUUUACGAGAACCAAGAGAAAGGUUGGAUGUUGAAAAAUAUGAAGAUGAUAUCGAGAGGAAAUGUAGCAAAACCCAUACCCUGAGAAACUUUCUGUUGUGGAUAUUUUACGCCAGAGAUUUGGGUAUUUGGUUGACAAUCAUUCACAGUAUGGGAUACUCUCAACGUACAACCAAAACUGGUUCAUUAAGAGACCCAAUGAUGAACCUCGUGCUCUGGAGAUUUCCCCAACGAUAG